GUAUUUCUAUUUUGUUUUUUGAUCUUCUCCUUUCUUUCUUUCUUAUUUUCUUAUUUUCUUUUUCCAAGUAUGAUUUUUGAAACCAUUAAACGACAUAUUGAUCCAUCUUUAGAGAUGAUAAAUAGAGACUCUUUAGACAAAUUAAUGUUAGCUGAUAUCAUUGAAUAUUGUCAAGAAAGAGGUUUAAAAACAGAAGGUGACAAAUCAGAAUUAAUUGAAGAUUUAAUUAGUUGGAAAGAAAAUAUUCAACUUGUACCUGCUCCUUCAACACCAAGGUUAUUUACAGCACUUGAAUUAUUGCCUGAUUCUUCUUCUACUUUACCUCCACAACAGAGAUUAGAACUUAAUUCUCAUGAUAAAAACCCUGAUUUUGACAUACCUUAUCAUACUCUUGUUAUUGGUAAGAAAUUAGGCAGUGGUGGUUUUAAAGAUUGCUAUGCAGCUAUUGGUGAAUUAAGACUAACUCACUUUAAUCAAGUCGAUCUGGAUGAAAUUAAACAUGAAAUAAAUGUAUUAAAACAACUUCGACAUGAAAAUGUGAUACGAUUCAUUGGCGUUUGUACACAUCCUGAGCAUUUAUGUAUAAUUACGGAACUAUGUUCUAAAGGAGAUUUAUUUGAUGUUAUUAGAAACUAUAAAAAGCCGAAUUUUUCACAAUUAGUUAUGUAUAUGUAUGAUAUUGCAUUAGGUGUAUCUUAUCUUCAUACAAGAAGACCUUCUAUUAUACACAGAGACCUGAAAUCAAUGAAUAUAUUGAUCUCGGGAGAUGAUAGAGCUAAAGUAAAUGAUUUUGGAUUAGCUAGAAUAAGACCUAAAGCAAAUAUUCUUAUGCAUACACAUUGUGGGACUCCAAACUGGCAAGCUCCUGAAUAUUGGUCCUCAAAUCCUAGUUAUACAGAAAAGGUUGAUGUAAGUAGCAAACGAGCAAAUGUGAAGAGACAUUAUACAUGUAUAUGUUUAUUUUAUUUUAUUUUAGGUCUAUGCUUGUGGUUUGAUAUUUUGGGAAAUUCUGAGUUGGGGUGAAUACGGCUAUCCAUUUCAAGAUUUAGCAGAACAUGCAUUGUAUAUUGCAGUGAAAGAGCACCGAAAGAGACCUCCUCUAGGAAAAUUAAGUCAGAUCUAUCCACAUCAGCUUUUAAUACUUAUCAUGGGGAUGUGGGAAGAUAAAGCUCAUUUAAGACCUUCAAUGAACCAAGUAGUUGACGUAUUAGCUGCUUAUCUUACAUAAUAAAAGUAUACAAAAAUUAUUAUUAUUAUUAUUAUUACUAUUAUUCUAUUCAUCUUUUAAAGUAGAUGCAAUAUAUGUAUCUAAUGAAGUAUUAGCAUAUGUU